UGUUCGCACUGGGGAGCUGGGUAUCUCCAGACCAGCCAAAAGAUGACAUAUUAUAGACAACGAAAUCCAAUGUCACUACCGUUUGUGAAGAGAGGGCCAACAUACUAUGGGCCUCGGUACGUUCCGCUCUAUGGGUCCAAAUAUCCUCUGUCCUUGAGCAUUCCUGCAUUUGAGGGAGGCCGCUAUGUCCCACCUCGUCUUCUACCUUAUGGGACAACCAAGUAUCAACCUCGACGGGUAUCCGUGUGCCCAGAACCAACCGCAACCAAGUACCCAGAAGUAAAUUUAACCAGGAAAUUAGCAAGAGCAUCGUUCAGGAGUCCACGAUCUUGGGUGACCUAUAGUGGCAUAACCAAAGGUCGACAUGGCACUAUCACAAAGAGCCCAGAACGCUGUGUGAACAAGGUCCCUCUACCACGUGUGACAAAAGGCCCAGUGAUAUACACAACCAAGAUGACACAGCCAUAUGUGACCAACAACCCGCCACCACGUGUGACCAAGGACUCGGUACUAUAUUCAACUAGCAGCCCAAAGUUGAGUGAGACUAGAGUUCCUCUUCCGCGUAUGACCAAGGGGCCAGUAAUAUAUGCAACCAAAGGACCACAGCCAUAUAUUACUAAUAAUUCACAAGUCCACGCAGCCAAGGGGAUAUUGUCAAAGGCAGCAAAGCACGCACUAUCGCAGGUGAAAAAGGGCACGUCAUCACGGACGACCAAAGGCCCACGGCUACUCUCAACAAAAGUCCCCCGGCUCGGUGCGAUGAAACCUUCACGUCUAUGGCUGAACAAGGUCUCACAGUCGCAGCCAUGCUUGACAAAGAGUUCCCAGCCCAACCUGGCAAAGAGUUCCCGGGUCAACUUAACAAAGGGCUCGCAACCAUCCCUACUCCACACAGGCACAUUCUUUACCUCCAAGAAACAGGCCAAAAAUGUAAAAAUUUCAACCAAUGGCAAAAAAUAUUGCUCCGCAACCAAAUGGUUCUGAAGACCAUAAAAACUGAGGACUCCCUUUCCCGCCCCCUCCCCCUAAAAAAUUGAAGAUUCAGAUCAGCAUUUUGUGGUUUCUCUGCAGG